AUGGGGAAUUGGAUUGUUCAAAAGGUUAAAAGUUUAGAAAUAUUUUCAUUUAUACGUCGAGGAAAAAGCACCGCUUACCGUUCUGAUCCGAACCAUCCAGAAAACCGUUCUCCCGAUGAAUCAACUACAACUACAAAUAUAGAACAGAUACCAACACCAAAGUCAGUUCUAAUGCCAACAACUACAGACUCAUCGGUAACAAAUCCAACAGUAGAAACAACAAACUCACAAAUAGAAGUAACAGUGACACCAUCUAACAAUUGUAGUGAUUUUUAUUUGGCAUGUCGAAAUAAUAAAAUUGAAGAAGUUAAAAAUUCACUGGAAAAGAUAGAACGUCAACAGAUAGACCGAGUGGAACCAAAUGGUAGUACAACAUUACAUGCUGCAUCUUAUCAUGGUCAUGCGGAAAUUGUUGAAUUAUUACUGGAAGCAGGAGCUGAUAGAACAAUACGGAAUAAAUAUGAUAAUUUGCCAUUCGAUGAAGCCAAAAACGAUGAAAUAAAAAACCUGUUCUUUCGUAUUCCGACUAGUAGUCGGUUGGUAUCGGACACAGGUGCUACUGAAUGGCAAUUAAUUGAUGAUGAUGAUAUUUUAGAAAAAGCGGUCGAAGAACGUCAAAUUAUUAAGUCACUCUACGAUAGCAUUUCUAUCGCUACAAUGUUCGAAAGAAUUGAAAAAAAUUAUAUUGGUAAAAGUUUAGCUCACUUUGAUAGAAUUGAACACAUCAAACGCUUUUUUCGCCGAGCAAUUGAAGAAAAAGAUCCAGUAUGGAUCAUCAAAGCUUAUACAGCUGAAACUGAUUUCUAUAAAGUUUUCAACAAAGAAAUGGCAGGUGGUGCAAAUAAGUAUCAACAUGAACGAAGAUACAUUAUCGCUCUACUUUCACAUCAUCCAAAGUUAGAUGAAUUCUCCUACAUAGGCAUGUCUUAUCGAGUUAUGCAAAUGAGUGAUGAUGAUCUCCGAAAAUAUCAAGAUGGAUGUUCACUAAUGACAAAAUCAUUGUUAUCAUCAUCGAUUGAAGAGAAACUUGCUGCACUAUUUUUAUAUCGACAAGAACUGGCACGAAAAGAAAGCGGUGAAACGGAUCGACUCAAAUCCGAUGGAACAAAGAUUAAACUAUGGGUUAUGUGUACCUAUGAAAUCAAACAUCGACGCACGGCUCUAUACAUUGAAAAUUCGUCUCAAUAUGUGAUGGAAAGUGAAAUACUGAUUAUGCCUUAUACAGUCUUUAAAGUGAAGAAAAUAGAACCAGUUAAACGCCCUGAAUUAUCAGAUGAACAUUUUACUAAUAUUGAAUUAGAAGAAUGUGAUCAGUAUUUAAACAUAUAA